UUAUUAUUCUGUGGUUCAUAAUUUUAGCCUGUGAAUAUAGUGUGGUUCAUGAAGGGCGAGUAGAGUUUCGCCUAUUUCCAUCCAUAAUUUCCUGUAAUUCAGGCUUCUCUCAUAGCUAAAUAACAUCUUCCACCAUGUCGAUGUUGAAGACUAAUAUGCUCGUCCGCUCUUUGAGCACUUCAGUUUCUUCAGCUCAGAUGGUGAAGCCCCCAGUUCAGGUGUUUGGGCUCGAGGGUCGCUACGCCGCCGCUCUGUACUCGGCAGCCUCCAAGAGCAAGGCCCUCGAUGCAGUUGAGAAAGAACUUACUCAGUUCCAGAAAUCCAUUAAGGCCGACCCUAAACUCAAGGAAUUCCUUGUCAACCCUUCAAUGAAAAGGUCUCACAAAGUUGAUGCCCUGAAGCAUCUGUCUACUAAGACUAGCUUGUCUCCCAACACUGGUAACUUGCUGGGACUCCUGGCUGAGAAUGGACGUCUGAGCAAGCUGGAAACUGUCAUCAAUGCCUUCAAGAUCAUGAUGGCCGCCCACCGUGGAGAGGUCACCUGCGAGGUGAUCACCGCCAAGCCCCUUGACCCUGCCCAAAAACAGAGCCUGGAAGCUGCUCUGAAGAAAUUCAUCAAGGCCAAGGAAACCAUCCACCUGACCGCCAAAGUAGACCCUUCAAUCAUUGGAGGCAUGAUUGUAUCCAUCGCUGACAGAUACGUGGACAUGAGCGUGGCAAGCAAGGUCAAGAAGUACACGGAACUCAUCACCACCCCUGCCUAAACAUACAUACACCAUAAAUGAUAGAAAACUCUUAGAAGUAAAUUAUGUGAUCAUUCAAAUGUAUUUUUCUUGAUACAUCUCCAGCAGAAAUGAUUAUAUCCUCUUUAUUUACCAU